AUGUUUUUUAAAAAAGUUUAUUUGGCCAUAGUGUUGGUUUCUUCGUUUGUUCUUGCAGGUGAUGCACCUAUUCAAAGCGAUUCUAAAAAUCAACAACCCUAUGUUGCCACUUUUAAACAACCUUCAGGUAUUUCAGGAUGCAUCAAGUUUGAACCAGCAAACAAUGGUUCGGUUCUUGUUGAAGUAGACCUUGAUAAUUUGCCAUCAACAGGUGGGCCUUUCCCAUAUCACAUUCAUCAGUUUCCAGUACCAAACAAUGUCAACUGCACUGGAACUGGUGGGCACUUUAACCCAUUCAAUGGGAGUGUAACAGCAACCUCGCCUGCAGCAAAAGAAGUUGGUGAUUUGGCUGGUAAACACGGAAAUAUCACCACCCUGAAGUAUAGCGCCGAGUAUGUUGAUAAUUAUUUAUCAUUGAACCCAAAAUCUAAAGCCUUUAUUGGAGGGUUAUCAAUUGUCAUUCACGCAAGUGACAACUCAAGACUUGCGUGUGCCAACAUUAGUGAACUUUUUGAGACAAGUGGUGUAAACUCGACAUCUACAACAUACGUUGUUAGUGCCAAUGAAGCUGGUAAUUGGAACAUUGAUGGUUUCAUAGUUGGUGCUAGUUUAUUGGCUUUAUUAAUAUAA